AUGGUUUUAGCCCAAGAACACAAUCAAAUUCCACCAAAACCUCCAGACAUUACCAAAAACUUUGCCUCCUUGUUCAAGAAAUCUGCUCCGGCUGAAAAUGUUCCAACAAUCCCUAUCACUUCAGAAUUUAAUUCCUUAACAAUUGUAGAUCCUUUGGGAGGGAAUAACACCAUCUCUAUGCCUCUUAUAUCUCAAGUGAAUCAAACCAAGCCGACUGUUCGUCUGGCCUCUGUUCUUCCUGCGAAUGUAUCGACUGUUGUAAAUGAUCAGAGUUCUUCAUCUGGGUUAGGCUAUCAUGUUCCUAUUGAAUCUGUUAUUGAUCGAAACACACAGAGAGUGCUUAUGAAUCCUCCACCUUCUCUAAUCCCCCAAUCCAUUCCUUUGGAAAUUCCUGAAUCCUCGAUGGAUCGAAAUCUGAACAAAUCGCAAAUCCCUGCUUCUGAUAAAGAUACUCAGAUUCCAAUAGUCAUUUCGAAUUCUCAAAAUCCUUCAGGUAGUCAAAAUCCUGCGUCUAAUAUUGUUUUUGGUUCCUUAAAUCUGGUGAAUCCUCCUAAAACUGCAAAGAGGGUAGUCUUUAACAAAGGAGAGCCUGGGAUGUAUUGGUCCCCCAAUGAAACCUUAGAACUUUCGAAAGGUUUUUGUCAAACUCUUAUUGGCAAAUGUGCCUAUGGUAAACCUUCUCUGGGUGUGGUGAAAGAAUUUAUCAAGUCUAGAUGGCUUCUGAAAGGGGAUUUUUCUGUAGGUGUGUUAGAUCAGAGGCAU